UUGAUUGUUUGCACAAGAGAAGACAGAGAGAGCUCCAAUGGCUGAAGUGCAGAGAAGGGGAGGGGGAGGAGGAGGAGGGGGAAGACCGUUGCCCCCAUCGGCUAGAGGUCCACCUCCACCGCCACCCACUGCCAAGGUUGGCCCUCGCUUCGUACCGGUCGAUCGAGAGAAGACAUGUCCUUUACUGCUUCGUGUUUUCACCAAGAUUGGAGGACAUCAUAACGAGGUGGAUUUUGCUGUGAGAGGGAAGGAACCCAAGGAUGAGGUUCAAAUCUAUACAUGGAUGGACGCAACUCUGCGGGAAUUGACAGAUCUGGUAAAAGAAGUAGCACCCGAAGCAAGAAGAAGAGAUGCAACGCUGUCAUUUGCUUUUGUGUUUCCUAAUAGCCGUGGUCGCUUUGUUGUUCGUGAGGUGGGCAGAACCUAUUCGUACCCAAAUGCCAGGCGGGCGGACGAUGGCAGCAGGGCCUUAGGUGAACUUAAAUUUCAGAUAGGAGAUUACUUGGAUGUGGCUAUACUUUUGCAGUAAUGGAUCCAAUUUUCUGGAGUUAAGAUUUGGGAAGAUUGUUUUGAUAAAAUGGAUGCCUAUAUAUGUCUCACAAAGUCUAUGCAUAUUGUCCAAUAUCUGGUUUGGGGCAAUGUUAGCUCGUGCUUGUGCUAUGCAGCAUAAACAGAACCUUGUAGCCUUAAAACGUGGAGUAAUCGUAGAUAUUUUAUGCACUCUCACUCUUGUCGCGUGUGUUUCUUGUCGGUCCUAAUUUCUUCUAUUGAUAGUUUUUUAUUGGUACUA